AUGGCGAACUCCAGAGGACCCGAGCAUGCUCGAAAAGCGCGCAAGCUUGGCGUUGUGUCCGGCGUCUAUAUUCCCGUCUGCCUGAGUAUCCUCAGCAUUCUGAUGUUUCUCAGAUUUGGUCUCAUCCUUGGCCAGAUCGGCUUGAUUGGGAUUCUCGGGCUCCUCAUCACAGCAUACAUCGUAGACUUCAUCACGGCACUGUCCCUCUCUGCUAUCGCCUCGAACGGCGAGGUCAAAGGAGGCGGUGCUUACUAUCUUAUUUCGAGGUCUCUCGGUCCUGAGUUCGGCGGCUCCAUCGGCCUACUGUUCUAUCUGUCCCAAGUCCUAAACACGGCCCUGAACGUCGUCGGUCUGAUUGACUGCAUCAAGCUGAACAUUGGUGCGGCCUUCCCUCAGGGAUAUUGGCAAGGCUACGCUCUGCAGACCCUCGUUCUUGUUGCAUGCACCUCCCUUUGCAUGGCCGGCAGUGCCAUCUUUGCCAGAGCUAGCAAUGUCUUGACUGUCGUCUUGUUCGUUGCCAUUUUCUCAAUACCUGCCUCAGCUGUACUUCUGCAGCCGUUUCGCGACGAGAAUCUUGGCAUUGAGUUCACAGGCCUGAGUCUACAGACUCUACGAAGUAACUUGAUGCCACGUCUAGGGAAAGAGUCGUUCAAGGGUCUCUCGGCAUUCUCGUUCAAUCUCUCGAUAUAUCGUGACCUGUUUGGUAUCCUCUUCCCUGCUACAUCGGGAAUAUUUGCUGGGGCCUCUAUGUCUGGUGAUUUGAGGAACCCCAGCCAGGCUAUACCCCGAGGUACUCUCUGGGCAAUGCUAACAACCUGGAUUGCGUACCUGGUUGUUGCUCUUUCAAUGGCAGCCAGCACCACCCAUGAAUCGUUUCUCAGGAACGCAAAUAUCAUUGCAGAAACCAACCUAUCACCACUCAUCAUAUUUGCCGGUGAAUGUGCAGUGACCGUAUUUUCAGCGCUUAUGGGCGUGAUAGGAUCCGCGAAGCUUCUUCAGGCUUUGUCGAGGGACCGACUGCUGCCGGGCCUCGAUGUUUUCGGCCGGGGAACUAGCCAGGGAGACGAGCCCAUCCUCGCCAUGUUGUUGACUUAUGCCAUUGCUCAGUUCGCGCUGUUGGCUGAUUUGAACCAGAUUGCAACUUUCAUCUCAAUGGGAUAUCAGAUGACCUUCUUCGUGAUGAACUUGGCCUGCUUUCUGCUCAAGGUUGGAUCAGCCCCGAACUUCCGUCCUGGGUUCAAGUUCUUUAGCUGGCAGACCGCUUUGGCUGGCUCCUUCAUGUCUGCCGCCGCCAUGUUCUUUACGGACGAAACCUAUGCCGCCGCCGCGGUCUGCCUCGUAAUCUUCCUUUUCUCGCUGAUACACUACCUUUGCCCACCUAAACGUUGGGGGGAUGUUUCACAAAACCUCAUCUACCAUCAAGUUCGCAAGUAUUUACUGAGACUCAAACCAGAGCAUAUCAAAUUCUGGCGGCCUCAGAUAAUUCUGUUGGUCAACAAUCCGAGGCACCAAACAAGACUCAUCCAGCUGUGCAACUCCAUGAAAAAGGGUUCGCUUUAUAUCUUAGGCCACGUAAUCGUCACGGAUGAUUUUAACACUGGCGUUCAUGAAGCCAAGCUCCAGCAACAUGCCUGGGCGAGCUUCAUCUCCGAAAUUCCCCGCUUAAAGGCAUUCGUCCAGUUAUCAAUGUCCCCCUCAAUCACCUGGGGCAUUAGAAACCUCAUUCUCUCAGCUGGGCUGGGAGGUAUGCGGCCGAACAUCGCCGUUCUAGGCUUCUAUAAUAUGGACGAACUAAGGCGCUCACGCCCCCUUGUCCCCGUGCCCAGUGCCCCGACAUCCCCAACCUCCAAAGCUAAGCGACCCGGUGCUAAGGCAGUCAAUCGCCGUCGAGGAGAUACCGCGGCCCGUCUCCUCGAAGGCUUCCUACCAACGGACGUCAUCCGGAGAGAAGAUAUGAUAUCUGUGACUGACUACAUGACCAUCCUUGAGGACUUAGCGCUGCGGUAUCGGCUUAACGUUGCCGUGGGUAAGGGAUGUGAGAAGCUGGAGCUGCCCAGGCACGACGGCUCCAAUACCAAGAAAUAUAUUGAUCUCUGGCCAAUCCAGAUGUCCGCCGAGAUAGUGUCCGACGGUAAAAGCAUCCUAACUACCAAUUUCGAUACGUAUACGUUGAUUCUCCAGCUCGGAUAUAUCUUGAAUAGCGUCCCGGCAUGGAGGAAGGCGUUCAAACUGCGUGUCCUUGUGUUCGUUGAGUACGAGAACGAAGUGGCCGAGGAAGUGAUGCGUGUAAAAGCGCUACUUGACAAGCUGCGGAUCGAGGCGGUAACUCGUGUUUUCUGGCUAGCUUCUGGAGAGCUACAUACCUACGAAACAAUUGUCAACGGACGUUCCGGAGAUGUUGACUCUGAAGCCAUGGUGAAUGACAUCCUCAGAGACGAGGAUUGGUGGGAGGAGCUACGGUACCUAAGGGGAAGACGGGAUUCCAUGACAGCCUCACAGGAGAUGGAUUCUUUGGCGGCCAUCCUUGAUGCUCCCAUGGGAAGGCCGAGCACCCCAAAUCCUCGGAUCGAUGAUAUCGACCUCAAAAAGCGCCGCGCUAGUAUGGCGGACCUACGUGAUUUGAGGUCGAAACCAAGUGUGUCGAAACUCGCCCGACUUGGUGUCGAGGUCGGCAUUCACACCCAUCAUUUGGGAGACGAUGUGUUUGAUGACCAGAUCGACCGGCUGGAUCAUUUGGAUAGCGACGGAGAAAAUAGCGACAUCGAUCCCAGCCACGAACUGUCAGAUUCGGAUCUUGAGAAUAGCUCACCCGAUGCUGCAAGCGAUGAAGAAGAAGAAGAAGCGACAGACCCCUCCCGACGACCGUUGCUGGGAUCGAUACUCCGUCGUAGGAGCUUUGGUGAUGCGUUACGCGAUCACGACUCACCAAAGCGAAGAAGGUAUGGACCGCCCAGCCAGCGGCGUGAAUUGAUGAGCAACACUGGGGAGGCGAGCUCGGUAUCCUAUGGCACACUCGUGGCCGCCGCUCCCCCAGGACAGCCAUCUCCAUAUGGUUCUAGUUCCUCUCGACCCCCAGAGGGGAAAGCACCGACAGGCGGAUUGGAGAGCCAGGAUAAGCUGCCUCCAUCGAGUCAAUCCGGUGGUGACAAACCGCCAGAUCCAGAUAAGCAGAGCCCAGCGAGCUUGCAAGGAGUGGCCGAAGGCGUGCAGGGGAGGCCAAAACAAUUGCCGACCGAGAGAACGAGAGUACGGUCUCCCGAUAGACACCCACGACUCCCGCGCGCAGUCUCCGAUCGGCCUCCUACUCUCGUCCGCGGUCUAGAUGGUGACACGCUAACUGAUCGUCGGUCCCAGGCUGGCGAGAGCUCUUCUUCGGCCCAUGCCCCUGCGACACUCUCUCGCCAGUCCUCGGCUAUGAGAUUCACUAGCAAGCCUCUGCCGGAGACGAAGACCGAUGUAGAGGGCCAUUCGGGGCCCACGAUCAUGUUUGCUGACCCGGCACCCCCAUCUGCGCCAUUAUUCACGGAGAGACCUUCGCUUUCGCGGCAGUCAUCAACGGGCCGGUUCUCGAGCCGGCUGGCAAUGGAACCCAGACUACCGAAGAUGCCGGGUGAGGUAGAUAACUCGAGGGUUUCAUUCUCAGAACCCUUGCAUCACAGUCGUCGUGGGACAGCACGUUCCGAACUCAGCCUCGACCAAAGGAUCAACAUCCCAGGUUUACUAGACAGCUACAGGUCUGAGACGACUCCGGACAAGAAUGAUGACGGGUCGUCCUAUUCCACCCAAAGCCUCUCACUCUCGUUCAACGAUCUUCCGAGCCGCGCUCAGCAUCUUAUACUGAAUGAGCUGAUGCGGAAGAACAGCGCAGACACAGCUAUUCUUUUCACCACUCUCCCGAUUCCGAAAGAUGGCACCUGCCUAGAUGAGAACAUGACCUUGAAAUAUCUAUCAGACGUUGAAGUCUUAUGCAAUGACCUACCACCCGUUCUGCUUAUCCUGAGUAACAAUAUGACCGUUACUGUGGGCUUGUAG